AUGACUGAGGUUCAGUCGAGUGCUGGUGCAGAACAAAAGUAUGGGGGUGCUGAAGGGGCAGAUGCUAUGUAUGUAAAGCUCGUAUCGUCAGACGACCAUGAGUUCUAUGUCCGUCGAGAGCAUGCUCUUACGAGUGGUACCAUAAAAGCAAUGCUUUCAGGUCCAGGUCAAUUUCAAGAGAAUGAAACAAAUGUUGUACAUUUUCGUGAAAUACCAUCACAUGUAUUACAAAAAUUCAAGUGA